CUUGAGGCGGAGAAGAGACUUGCUCCCCGAAUGUCAGCAUACAUACCAUGCACAAGUCGCAGCACAGAGGAUUGACAGCGUAAGCUUCCUAUGGAAUGGGUAACUAAUUGCAGUGCUGUAAUAGCUUGAGGUUUUGAAUUGAAGCGCGUUGAGGGUUAUUGCUGCACUUAUGCAAUGACGUCAGAAAGUCGUAGAGCUCUUUAGCUAGGUACAUAACUUUAGACGUCAACUCUUGCACACAGUACACUUCUCCUCAAACUUCAAUUGUCUCUAUUAAACAAUCAAGAAAUCAAAGUUACAAUCUCGGCCCUCUACACACAGCACGCAACAACUCUCAACGGUAGCCAUGUUUCGCGUUCAGCCCACCCGCUCAUUUGCACGCGCCGCCCGCAUCCAAUUUCCUGCGCCCCGCUUGAUUUCGACAUCGCGCCCAUGUUUCGCGAAGAAGGGUGCAGAGGCCAGGGACUCGAUUGAUACUACCUCAACCGAGUACUCCAAGUCUGGCUCGGACGAUGCAGCAGCACAUACAGAUGCCGCAUUCGAUCCCAAUCAGACGAGCCCUGAAGCAGCAGAGGCUUCUGCUGAGAAGGAGGCUGGAGGCAAGGACAAUUCCCUCAACGCGAGCCCUGGCAACCAUGAGAUCAGCCACGCCAAUGACCCCCAGGUCGGCGGGGCAAGCCAGGGGACAAAUGACAAGCCGAGCGGCGCUGGAAGCCCGAACAAGCAGGGUGGAAAGUCGAGCGGUUAGAGGAUUCGCGGCUGAGGAUGUGAAGUGAAGCAAAGAGAACAGUCUGCGACACGCGCGAGGCGACGAGCAUGCAUGAUGACACUGCACCAACAAAAUAUUUUCUUUAGGUUCCAAUGACAGACAAGAUUUCUGCACGA